AAAUUCCAGGCCUGGACCCUUAAAAAUUACGGCGAGUCCGGCAAGACGAAAACCGUAACUCGAAACAAAUACCGGAAGAUCGUGAACAUCCUCAAAGGCUGUGAUUCCCUAUCCGGCGAGAACUCGAAACUUCGAUUCUGGGUUAAAGCCAAGGGAUUUAUGCUAGGA